AUGGCCACUUUGCGAGGCGAUGCUCGACUGGCGGCUCACUUCAACCCUGUCGACUGCGACAAGAUCGUUAAGGAGGGCAUUGUCCGUGAGCUUUCCUCUAUGCGGUUGAAGGAGGAAUACUCAUUCAAUGACCCGCGCACAACUUACUUUGUCACUGACAAGCCGACCAACAUGGAGCUCUCGACGUUUACCUCGGACGAGGAUCUCCCGGCAGAGUUCCUGGCUGUGGCCAAGGCUCAGUCCAAGACGCCGAAGGAAAAGUAUGACAUGCCGCUGACAGAGGCGCAGGAGAUCGGUUGGUAUGCUGAUGAGGUCGAGCCGCCGUCAUCCGCAGCCAUGCGCUUCUCCUUCAGAUCGGGUCAGUCGGAGAUGUCCAAGCACGCUAACGCUCUCACCACCGCCAACUGGUCCAACAUCCGCAGAUAG